CAUUUUUUUUCUCCAUAAAUUUAUCGGUUAUCAAUCAACAGACGCAUGUGCAAGAAUAAUCACAUGAUUACCUUCAAUUUGAAUGAAUGAAUGUUUGUAGUUCAUAUAUAUGCGCAGUAUUCUUAGGCAGGCUACAUUCGAUUCUUUCAAUUUUUGAGAUCUAUCGUCUUGUCUUGUUCAUCGUUUUUUCUACGAUCAUUUACGUUCGUGCAAUUGACGAUUCAAGUACAAUCUCUAAAAACGUUUAUAUAUCUUUUGUCCGAUCCGGUGUUCGUUUUUCUCCAGAUUUACAUUCAAUCCACAUGAAUAAUAUGAUGAUGUUGACGAUAUGAUUAUUUGCCAAUAGCAAAAUAUUGAUGAAAAUUUCCUAUAAAGUUAUUCUCAGGAAUUAUGUGUAUGUAAGAAUUGCGAUCAUUAACAUUAUCGAUAUCAUCAUGCGAAUACCAAGCUUAGGAUCCACUCAUAAUUGCCUAACUGAUCCAAUUGGAUCUCGUUCAUCAACGGCAUCACAUUCAUCUCAAUCAAUAUCAUCAUCAUCCUCAUCAUUAUCAUCUACUUCAUUAUUGUGUCGAUUGAUACCAUCAUCAAAUGCACAUUAUGAUUCAAUGGGACAUAAUGGUAUUGUUGGAAUAAAUGGUGGUGAUAAUGAAUCCGUACAGGUCGUAUUUUCGGCCCAAUCUCGUGAUGCUAUCAUCUAUGUUACGGUCGUAUUGGUCAUUUAUAUAAUUAUAUUUGUCGUAUUGGUAGUGACAUCAUAUCGAAAAAGUAGUGCAUUACGUGAAACAUUGAAUCGUCAUCUACGUUCACAAUAUGCAACUGGCCCAUUUGGAACGCCUACCAUAUUGGAAACUGAUUCAAAUGGCGAUCAAGUACACUGUGAUACAGUAGAUGAGCUACAUGAAGGUUCUAUUCAACUUUAGCGUAAACAACAAAAAAAAAUUCUAAAUGGGCGUGAAUAAAACUACUACUAAAUUACUAAAUACAUCAUAUACUAAUCAUAUAAUGAUUAUAUUAUCAUCAUCUUGUUUGUUCACAAUGUUGUGCAAUAUUAUUGCUUUUAACAAGAAGAAAUUUUCAUUUUCAUUUUCAUUUUUUUUUUGUUAAACAAACCAUCAAACACACAUAUAUACUUAUUUUUUUUUGGGCCAAAAUUUUGACAAUAACAUAGACUAUAAAAAAAAUGAAGAAAUCUUGUGAAGAAAUGGACAUCAUCAUCAUCAUAUUUAUGAUAAAAUAACUACAGGAAAAAAUAAAAAUGGAAAUUCGAAUGACAAAAUGACCAAUACAGCCAUAUUAUAUAUUAUUAAUAUUAAUAUAAAUGAUAAUUGAGGUUGGUCGGUUGUUUGGUUGU